AUGGUAAAGCAGGGUUCUUCACCUGCUACUGGCCGCAGCCGACGGGGUGGGCGCAAGCGAAGGAUCUCGUCGCCGGGCCCUUCAGCGAAUGGAAAUGACGACAUACCCGAAAUAUAUCAGGAGAUGCUGAAGGAGUCUCAGUCUGUACCCCAAACCUUACCCCAUAGGAAUAACACCCCUCAUAAAAGGCGGAGGGUUGGGGAGCGCGGGGAGAGCAAGGCUGUGGAAUGUGCAAAAGAUUCUGAAAGGGAGGACGAAAGCACUACAACCAUGCCUCCGCAAACAGUAUACGAUCUUGACGCGUCCGAGGAAGAGUCAGAGCCUGAGUGGGAGGAUGUUGAGCUUUCUGAACCUUCGGCUUCUUCCGUUUUACCAUCCAUGCUACCGGCUGGUCAUGAUGGUGAGCAAAAACCGUUGGAAAUUACCCUCGGAAAGGAAGCAGAUGCAGAGAAAACUAAGGCUAUAAUACGACGGAAACCUGUAACUGGUGCGGAAAAGAAGCUGCGGCUGGAAAUACAUAAAGUCCAUAUACUUUGCCUUCUCGGACAUGUUCGACUUCGUAACUCUUGGUGUAAUGACGAGGAGACCCAGAAAAAACUGCGUCGGAUACUUUCAAAGCAUACCAUUAUAUGUUUGAAUCCUAAAGAGGAUCUUCCGCAAUUCACCCGGUCCACUACCUUUGCGGAUGGCCUUUUGCAGUCGUCAGAAGCCUUUCGACGGAAAUUCAAAGUCACAGAACCUGGGAUAAGGAGACCGUAUUGGCUGGAAGAUUGCUCCGCGGCACAGGAUCCAAUUGAACAGGCCUUCCAAGGGAGUGCCGAAAUCGUACAGUCAAAGAUGGACUUUCGGAAACAUGCUGGAAUAUUGCAGGGUUCGAGGGACUUAGGUGCCCAGUUCUUUUGUGCUAUGCUACGAGGGGUUGGCGUAGAUACACGAUUGGUUUGUUCCCUCCAGACCCUACCCUUUACUGGCGUGGCCAAAGGGGAGUCUCCCAACAAGCGGACAAGAGAAUACAUAGUUUUAUCUGAGGAUGAUGUUCCGAGUUCUAGUGUGAAAGCCGCACCAGAUACUGCCACUUCAGAUGCACCUCCGCGACGAAGAAUUGGGCAGCCACAGUUCUCUUCAAACUAUAGGAGAAGUCCCGCACCACAGGCUAUAAGAGAUGAUAUCUUACCAACUCCAGACUCGUCACAUCCCGUUUUUUGGGUCGAAGUAUUUAACCAUGCAAUACAAAAAUGGGUAUGUGUUGACCCUCUGGUUACGAACACCGUCGGCAAACCUGCGAGGUUUGAGCCGCCAGCAAGUGAUAAAUACAAUAACAUGACCUAUGUAAUUGCCUUCAAUGAAGAUGGAUUUGCGCGAGAUGUUUCCAGGCGAUACACAAAAUCGUUUAACUCCAAAACAAGAAAAUCCCGAGUUGAAUGUACCAAAGACGGGGAAAUAUGGUGGAACGACACCAUGCAAACGCUUGAGUCACCGUUCCCAGAGGACCGGGACCAACUAGAGCUCGGAGAACUGGCGGCCAAGGCUGCAGGCGAAGGCAUGCCGAAGAGCGUGCAGGACUUUAAAAACCACCCGAUAUAUGCCUUAGAGAGACAUCUGCGGUGGAAUGAAGUCAUCCAUCCAAAGCGUGAAAUUGGGAAAGUUGGUUUGAGUAAGUUGUCGUUGAACAAAAAAGCUCCGCCCUUGGAAUCUGUAUAUCGCCGGGCCGAUGUCCAUUCCGUUAAGAGUGCGGAUGGAUGGUACCGACAAGGGCGGAAGGUCAAGGCCGGAGAACAGCCGUUGAAGAGAACCAAAGCACGAGGCCAAGUGCGAAAUGAUGACGUCAAUCCGGAUGAUGAAGAGGUCCCAGAUACGCCAAUGUAUGCUGCAUAUCAGACGGAACUCUACGUACCAGAGCCAAUUGUUGAUAAAAGGGUACCAAGGAACGAGUAUGGGAAUAUUGACGUGUAUAUACCCUCGAUGGUUCCCCAGGGAGGCUUUCAUCUUAGGCAUCCGGAUGCUGCUGAAGCCGCUAAAAUAUUACGUAUUGAUUACGCUGAUGCCGUUAUUGGAUUUAAGUUUACGAAGCGCCACGGUACAGCGGUCAUAGACGGAAUUGUUGCAGCGACCGAGUAUCGAGAAGCUCUUGAAGCUGUCAUUAUCGGGAUCAAAGAUGAGAGAAACCAGGCUGAGGAGGCUCGCCGGACAAUGGCAGCCCUUCGCAUGUGGAGACUGCUAUUGAUUAAACUACGAGUCCUUGAGCGGGUGAAUAGUUAUAGAGUUGAAGGAGUUGAUCAAAGAGAAACGGUGCAAGAGGCGGAUGAAGCAGAGGAUCAAAGUGGUGGGUUUCUGCCUGAAGAUGAGCUUGUGGCCCCGGCCCUGCCAACCGCCGAUAGAAAUAGGGAAGAGUCCUAUACAUUGCAUGAAUCCGUGGAACACAGCGAUAGCCUACAGGAAGACAUGGGCGGUGGUUUCAUGGCAGAACCAGAGAUAUCACAACAGACUUCUGCAGCAAUCGUCGGUAAUAGUGUUCUAGAGGACGGGGGACAGGCAACACCUGCCUCUCAGUCGCGAUAUACCCUCGUCGUCAUUCCAAAAGAGGAUCAUGAUACACAGGAGCCGACUACCACAUCAACUGAGCCUAGACGCGAAGGCACCGUAGAGUCUGGGAGCUCCCAAUCUCUAGAUUCAGCGUCGGUGACGGCCGAUUCUCCUGAAGGAGAGGACUCGGGACUGCCUGAGCUGGUGCACGCUGAUUCGGACAGUGAUAUAGAUCGUAGCUCUAUGAUCUCCCACGACCCUGAGGACGACAAUGCUGAGCCAGAGUGGCUGUUGUCUGAUUGA